UACCGACUGUUAAAGUUACAAGAUCCUUACUCGAAACCGAAACUAGCUAUACAGUUGUAUAAUAUUCUGUGGAUGUUUUUUAUGUUUCGUAAUGGAUGAACAUUUCAGUCCCUGGCCCGUUGUGUGCGCCAUUGACUUUGGGACGACAUACAGUGGCUAUGCUUAUUCAAUGCGACCAGACUAUGAGAGACAUCCGUUGAACAUCGAAUCAUAUCAAUGGCACAGCAAAGAAAUGACGACACUCAAAACACCGACCACCAUUUUGUUCGAUAAGGCGGGAAACUUUCACUCUUUUGGGUACGAGGCAGAAAAGAAAUAUGCAGAGUUAGCGGAGAGAGCCCAGGAAGAAGAUGGUGACGAAAGUGUUGACAGUGACGACGAAAAUGACGAAGCUAAAAUUGCUGAAUGGCUUUAUUUCAGAAGAUUUAAAAUGAAACUGUACCGGAAUUAUUUGAUGCAAAAGCGAAAACUAAAGUUUUUGAAACUUAGUGCUGAAAAUGGCAAAAAACUGCUAGCUUUUAAGGUCUUUUCAGAGGCAAUAAAGUUUCUGAAAAACCAUUUUGAAGGCUUGCUGAAAAAAUCAACAGUGACAGAACAUGAUGGCCAUUCCAAUCGUUUUUAUUCCUCGGCGGAAAACGCAGAGAGCAGUGAAUCACCAUGGUCAGACGACAUUUUGUGGGUCCUAACGGUUCCUGCAAUUUGGUCUGACCAAGCGAAACAGUUCAUGCGAGAAGCAGCUAUACAGGCUGGUAUUAAAGACAAUAACUUAGUUCUGGCGUUAGAACCAGAGUCCGCAGCUUUGCUCUGUAAGCAGUUAGCGCUUAUCAAAAGAACCGACGAUAUCAGUGUACGGACUUUUAAACCUGGUAACAAGUUCAUGGUUGUGGAUUGUGGGGGGGGAACAGUUGACGUUACAUCUUAUUGCGUUGAGGAUGGCCAAUCUCUGAGGGAGUUACACUGUGCUUCUGGAAAAAAUGUCGGAGGAACUAACGUGGACGACCUUUUCUUCGAACUUCUUAAUGACAUAUUUGGGGAGAAGAUUGUAAAUGAAUUUAAGAAUAAUUCUCCAUCAGACUGGCUAGAAAUGUGGAGAGGUUUUGAGGUUAAUAAACGUAACAUUGGGCACAACAAUCCAGACGAAUUGAUUACGUUUUCACACUUCAAUAUGCUAUUUGAGAAAUUCAAGAAGGCAAACAAAAGCAGAGAAAAUUCAGUUAAAAUUAGGUUGCAAGAAAUGGAACUGAGUAAUAAGAUAAAAUGUAAAGAUCCAAAGCUGCGCAUUAAAGAAUCGUAUUUUACAGACACAGUUUUUGCUGGCCCAAUCAAAGAUAUUGUAAAACACUUGAAGAAUUUGUUUACAGAGAAAGAAGUGGAAGAUAUUGAUAUCAUAUUGCUUGUUGGGGGAUUCUCCGAAUGUCCAAUGCUUCAAAAAGAAAUACAGAUGGAGUUUCCAAACAAGGCAAUUGUUAAUCCACGAGAGGGCAGCACUGCCGUGAUGAAGGGAGCAGUGUUGUUUGGACACAGUGCUGAGAUUAUAGCUCGAAAAAGGAUAGAACAGGGGCAUCAGCUGGAUAAUUUUAGCGAGUUCCCUAAUUGUGUAGUUCGGAGGAGUGGGGGUUACUAUGGUGUCGCCGCCGAUCUCCCCUUUGUCGAUGGUGAACACCCUCUGGUUUGUAAAUAUACCAAUGAAGAGGGAAAAACGAUAUGUUCGGGCAUUUUUGAUUGCCUAAUAAAACGAAAUCAAGAGCUUGAAAUAGGGAAGACAAGCAUAGAGAAGACAUUUAGAUCGUUUAAUUCUUCCCUGAUAAGUGUAGAAAUUUAUCACUCAAACAGAGAGGUGCAGUACUGUCACGAAGAAGGAUGCGAGAAAAUUGGUCACAUUCUUGUCAGGGUUUCUGAUGAUUCACGUGACAAAAGAUUGUUUAAAUUCAAGCUACAUUUUGGUUUCACGGAAAUAAUUGCAACAGCCAUUGAUUUAAAAACACACGAAUUGUGGAAAGCCAAACUCGAUUUUCUUUCGUAGCACACAAUCUUACACGACGUUCUAAAGAUAAAAUCGGUAGCCUUAGUAUUUUAAAUCUAUCUCAAAUGUAACUAAGUAUAUGAUAUUUAGAAAAAGUUACAGAUAGUUGCAAUUGUUUUGAGAUCAACGCAUUUAUAGUCACUGACUUCCUUGAUCUAUGCGUUUUUGUACAAAUAUAACUUAUAUUCUUUUAAUAUUUUUGCAAGGUAAUUAGCUAUUGUCCAAAUCAGUUAUGACAUAUUUUGCGAAAAAUAUGAAUUACAUAGGUAAGCUAAUCCUGAGUUAGCGACAAAGGAUAGUUUCGCAC